GAUAUAUACAACGGGCACGGCCGCCCAACCGGGCCUAGGCCUUGCCGAGUCCUCCGAAGCCCCCCAGCCGCACGGAGGGAUAUAUCCCGUGAGCCUUUGCGGUGAGCGCCCAAGUGUGAAUGUGGAUUUCCCAUGAUGCUCCACUCCUGCAGGAUCGCUGUUUUCACGUGGUGCCCGCAGGGGGCGCUAUAUCCCGUGAUGCUUUGCGCCGCCUCCACUUCCGGGGCGGGCCGGAAGCCGCGCCGUGCGGCCAUGGGGAGCGGCGGGGCGGCUCGGGCCGCUCUGUUCCUGUUACUGGGAGCGGCGGCGGCACCGGGCCCGGCCCGGGGCUCUCAGGGUGACCGGGAGCCGCUGUACCGAGAGUGCCUGGGCCGCUGCGAGCGGCGGAACUGCUCCGGGGCGGCGCUGCGGCACUUCCGGGCCCGGCAGCCGCUUUACAUGGGCCUGACAGGCUGGACGUGCCCUGAUGACUGUAAGUACGAGUGCAUGUGGCGCACAGUGCGGCUCUAUGUACAGGGCGGCCGCCGCGUCCCGCAGUUCCAUGGCAAGUGGCCCUUUUCCAGGUUCCUCUUUGUCCAGGAACCAGCCUCAGCCUUGGCCUCCCUCCUCAAUGGCCUGGCCAGCUUCCUGAUGCUGCUGCGUUACAAAGCUGCCGUGCCCCCCACCUCCCCCAUGUAUCCCACCUGCGUCGCCUUUGCCUGGGUCUCAGUCAACGCCUGGUUCUGGUCCACCGUCUUCCACACCCGGGACACGGCGCUGACAGAGAAACUCGACUAUUUCUGCGCCUCAGCUGUUGUCCUGCACUCUGUGUAUCUGUGCUGGGUCAGGACGAUGGGGCUGCAGCGUCCGGCCUUAAUCGGCAUCUUCAGGGCCUUCCUCCUCCUCUUCCUCGCCUGCCAUAUCUCCUACCUGACUCUCGUCCGCUUUGAUUACGGCUACAACAUGGCUGCAAACGUGGCCAUUGGGCUCCUCAACCUGCUGUGGUGGUUGUGGUGGUGCCUGAGGAACCGUCCCCGCCUGCCCCACGUCUGGAAGUGUGCGGUGGUGGUGCUGCUGCUGCAGGCGGGGGCUCUGCUCGAGCUCCUCGACUUCCCCCCCCUCUUCUGGGUGCUGGACGCCCACGCCCUCUGGCACAUCAGCACCGUGCCCCUCAACAUCCUCUUUUACAGCCCGAUCUCCCCUCCCUCCCCACAGCUUCCUGGUGGAUGACAGCCUCUACCUCCUGAAGGCCAACUCGGACCUCUCCAAAGUGGACUAGAGCAGCAGGGGGGGGGAUGACACACUGCGUGCCCCCCCCAGGGCCUUGCCCAACGUGCCAAAUUCCUCCCCCCCUCCCCAUACCCCCUCCCCAUGGAUCCCCUUUUCCCCCUGCCUUCUGAGUUGUGCUUUCCUUUCUAUCACUGUCUUGUAUGGGGGCCGGGAGCCCCUCUAUGGGGGAAGUUGGGGGGGGGCAUCAGACCCCCCCGGCUGCUGA